AUGCACCAGAAGGAGGACGCGCUCGUGUUCGCGGGCCUCGAGGGCUGCGCCAGCUCCCGCGAGUUCUGGUGGCACCUCGCCGCCGACAACGAACGCCUCUGGGACCGCUUCCCCGCCGUGACCAGCUGGGACUGGACCCCGGGCGGCGACUGCGAGAUGCGCCCCCUCGACGGCGCUGCCAUCGUCGCGGACAUGGUCGAGAACGGCGGCUGGCUGCUCAUUGGAGACUCCGUGACGGAAAACCACUUCUUCUCGCUCUCCUGCGUGCUCUACCCGCACGUCCGCGCGACGCCCAACUACACCGAGAACCCGUACUUCGACCGCGCCUGGCCGCAGCACCUCUACCUCUCCCCAGACUCGCCGCUCCUCCCGCACCUCCGCCUGCCCCCAGGCUUCUCCGCCGCGGACACGCCGCUCGUGACGUUCCGCCGCGUGGACCUGCUGCUCGACCGCGCGGAGCUCGAGGGGCUGCACGCCGCGCGCGCGGACGGGCACGCGGACGCCCCACCGCUGUUCAGCGCGGAGCAGUUCUGGAGCUUGAGCCCGGAGUACUACGUGAGGGACCUGUUCCUGGAGGGCCACUACGGGACGCUCGUCGCGAGCACGGGCGGGCACUGGACGACGACGCUGCUGAGCGCGUUCCGCGACGAGGGCGCGCGCGGGGAGGGCAUCGAUGGCGUGCUCGGCUUCUUUGACGCGGCGAUGCGGCGGUGGGCGGAGGACGUGCAGGGGAUCUUGGACGACUAUGAGCGCCGGGGGCGGCGCUGGGGGUUGGGGCGGAGGAGGGAAAGGAAGCAGGUCGUGGUGAGGGCGUAUUUGCCCGGCCAUGAGGACUGCCAUAAUGAGCGCGCGCCGUGGAGGGAGUGGCGGCCGUUUGUGUGGAACUGGUAUAACUGGGGGAGCAUCUGGGAGUUCAACAGGAUCUUCGAGGGUAUCCUGGAUACGGGCGAGUUUCCAGACGUGCACUACCUCGCGAUCGACCAGCCGGCCCUGCUGAGGCCCGACGCGCACUCCGCGGGCGACUGCCUGCACAUCAUGACCGGCGCGGGCGUCCUCGAGGGCUGGACACACUACAUCUGGCACUUCGUCACGCACGAGGUCCCCGCGAAGGCGCGGUGA